AUGGCGGCCGAGGAAAACGGUCUGCUGUACAACAAGGCCCGGUCGGCGUCCAUAUGCGCGUUCGGUUUCCCGCCAGGUAGCACCGAAUACUUGUUGGCCUGUGCCAAGGCAGCCGCCUCCACGCCUCCGCCACACAGGCAUGUAGGCGGCGCGGCCGCCAUAGCGGCUGCCGAGGACAACAAGCGCCGUCGGCCGGCUGUUCGAUCUCAGAGCGCCAGGACCAGCGGUGGACGGUCGAUCCGCAAAAAGGCGCUGGUGGCCGCGGCCGUGGGAGCCCAGCACGUUCAGCAUCUCAGCGACAGCAGAUCGAGCGUCCGCAGCGGUUACAGUGACCCGAAGCUGAACGAGUCUUCGUCCCAAGACGGAACGGCGUUCAAACGGAAACCAUCUUCAAGGAAAGUCAACUCGAACCACAGGAAAUCCGGGGCGUUCUUAGACGUGCCGCCGGGUGAAAACAAAAAGCUCACAGAACUCGAAGAUCCCGAAAACUCGUACAGACUUAGGUCGUUUAGUUUUACGUCGAAAGGUAUCGUGAACAGGGGAGAUUCGUUUAGGAAACGUCGGUCGAGGAGCAACAGCUUGGCCCGAGAAGACGACACUAAGGAAUGCACUCCUCCGACCCAGUAUGACAAUAAUAGUCAGCAGAUGCAACAACAACAGGUUCAGCAUCAGAAAGAGCAACAACAUCGUCAAGACGAAUGCAGUGAUGACAUAUCUUCAUACACGGUGUCACUGUUAGGAUCAAGAGGAGUAGGAAAGACCACUCUCAUAAGUCAGUUUAUGACUUCAGAAUACAUAAACGCCUACGAGAGGCAAAGAGACAACUAUGAAUCGUCAGUGCAGUCAGUUUGCAUAAUGUUGAACGGCGAAGAAUCUGAAUUGAGGUUCAUCAAUGACGGAGAAGUUUYGACGAAGGAAGACCGUGUGGCUGGGAGCAAACCCGCAGACGCAUACCUGGUAAUCUUCUCGGUAGUGGACAAAAACAGUUUCGAAACUGCUGAGACAAUUCUUAAAAACCUCCGGGAACACGAAAUGUUACGAUCGAGACCAGUCAUAUUGGUUGGAAACAAAGUCGACAUGGCAAGGAGCAGAGAAGUGACGGCUCAAGAGGGUAGAUACUUGGCGUGCACGUGCAGAGCAAAGUACAUUGAAGUUUCGGUGGGCAUCAAUCACAACGUCGAUGAGCUGCUGGUGGGCAUCCUCACGCAGAUCAGACUCAAACGAGCUGACCUCGGCGAGGGACACGAGCAUUGGUAYAAAAAUCGAAACUUCAUCAAAGCAAGCCUUAAAGCUAGACAGAUGUUCACGUGGGUGUUUGGCAAGGAGGAUACGAAAACGAAAAACUGUGAAAAUCUCCAAGUCCUCUAGCUAACGUGUUGAAAAUCAUAUUAGAAUAAUAAUAUGCGUACUUAUUUUAGGUAUAUAAAUUAUAAUUUAUAAUAUUACAUAAUUUUUUAUUUCGUGUUUCUUGUUUUUGUUUUUUUUUAAAUAAUUUUAUACAUGUUAUUACAUUUGUGUAGUAAGAUUUCUACGAUGAGUGGUAAUAUCAUAAUAAUAUAUUAUGCUACCAUUGUUGUUGUUCUUUAAAUCAACACUUUUAUUAAUUUAACAGUGUGGAUAGAGAAAAUUUAUUAUUUCAUAAUAAUAUGAACACACUUACGAACCGCAAGUAUAUGGAUACCUAUAACAUGUCUUUCUGCGUUAUUCCUUCCGAUUUCCAUCGCACUAGUAUAUACGUUUAUGGUAGAACAUUAUAGGUGUAUCAUAUKUWUACUGUAUAUCCACCUCAAGGUCAUCUAAAUUUUGUGUUGGAAAACAGCGAAGAUACGGGUUCGUUAAAAAURUAAUCCCCUCUAAUUUUGGAUUAAUGUGCCAUGUGAGAUUGUGAGAACGAUGGAUGAAGCCUACAGUCAUUGAGGAAGUAUUAAAAUGUCAAAUAAAAUAUAAUCUAUAAUUAAGACAUGAGACGUAUAAGUUUCUUUAGAUAUUUUAAAAACAAACAUAAAUUCUAUUUUCAAUAUAUCUACAAAUUUAUAAUACUCAAGAACUCAAAAAUACUGGAUACGUAAUAACGAUACUUAAAUUAUUAGCGAUUAAUACGUCUUAUUUAAAUAACUUUUUUAUUAUUCCAAAAUAAUCGAUUAACAAUGGAUAUUGAUGUUAAUUAUACGGUACAUUAUCUAACAUAGACCGAAUAAUACGAUAUAAUUUUUUUA